AUGGGCUUAAGCUCGAAGCCGGUUUUGUUCUUAACAAAUGCAGCUUUUACUCCCCACAUCACCUUUCGUUCACUCUGUCCUCAGGAGGACCAGAGCUCGGAGCUGCUGCUUGGACCGCGUUUUCACGAGGCCCGUCCCGACUCGACUCCCACCCGAGACGGUCCAGUCUCCCUCGCCCCGUCAGCCGGGACUGCCGUGAUUGCCCGCGUUCCAAGUCACCUUUCCAGCUCGGAACCCCUCUUCCCGGGUCCCCCGACCCGCCAGGAGCCCAUCUACCGGUCUUGGCGUCCACUGACGCCGGCUCGAAACCCGCCAGCGAUGGCCGAUACAGAAGCGGUUGCCAUGGCUGCUAGCGGUGAAGAGGUUUUUGGCAUCAACCUUGACUCAACAUCGGUCCAGGCUAGCGCGCCACGGGAGACCGGCAUCAGGAGAGGGGGCAAGAGCAGAAAUUGCCCAAAUUCCCACGGCUUCGGCAGCCUCGUCGUGAUGCCAAGCGCUGGCCGGCGUGACGACACAGCCCGACACAGAAAUGUGCAUCUCGGUGGCUGGGAGCCGAGCGGCCGGAGGAUAGACUCGGUUUCCAACCUAGCUGGUGUUGCCAGGGCGAAGAGGCGAAGAGACAACAAGGUUUCUCGCCUCGUCAGGCCUUGUUCUACGGCCGGACACAAGUUCCGAGGGCCAAUAGUCGAUAUCGAUAAAUGCUGCUGUAGCUAA